AUGCAGUUCACUAUCUCCGCCGCUGCCCUCAUGGCUUUCGCCGCCCAGGCUCUUGCCCAGGUCGCUGACUUCGACCCCGUCCUCACCCCCAGCAACUGGGAGCAGGUCCAGACCGGUGAGACCCUCGAGAUCACCUGGCAGGCCAAGCCCAAGUACUCCGGCGAGAAGAUCUCCAUCUCUCUGAUCGGUGGUGCUACCCAGAACACCCAGGUCCCCAUCAAGACCAUUGCCACCGGUGUUGACAACGACGCUGCAUCCUACUCCUGGAAGAUCGACUCUUCCGUCGGCACCAACAACGUCUACGGUCUCGUCCUCAAGCUCGAGAGCAACCCCGAGGUUUUCCAGUACUCUUUCCCCUUCAAGAUCGAGGGUGGCAAGGAGAAGCCUUCCGAGGCUGAGGAGAAGCCCUCCAAGACCGAGGAGAAGAACGACUACGAGCUCCCCACUGAGGCUCCCAAGCCCACCAAGGAGGCUUACCCCGUUCCUCACACCACCGUCGUUGCUGUCCACGAGACCGUCACUGUCCCUUGCAACACCACCACCGUUGGCGGUUCUCCCACCACCUUCGUCCCCGUUGUCAAGACUCACUACCCCGUCCCUCCUCCUGCUCACCAGGCUCCUCCUGCCCACAACAACGGCACUGCUCCCCACCCUCCCGUUUACACUCACCCUGCCCAGCCCAACGUUCCCGUUGUUCCCACCAAGCCCGCUGGCCAGCCCCCUGUCUACGGCCAGCCUACCCCUACUCCCGUCCCUGUCUCCGGUGCUGCCCGUUUCGGUGCUCCCGUUGCCCUGGUCGCUGGUCUCGUCAUGGCCGCUUUCGCUCUGUAA